AUGGCCCGGCGACGGGCAAGCCCCGCGGGCGAGCAGCGGACCGUGCCGCGCCUUCAGCUGGGAGACCGCAUCGCCGGCCGCCGCCGCGCCGGUGCCGGGCCCUGUUCUGCCGCCGGGAGGGCGGGAGCCAGCGGGAGCAGCCUCUCUGCGCCACUGCCGGCCCGCCCGCCCAUAGGGCCGGGGCCACCGGGGCCACCGCGCUGCGCCGGGCGCCGCCGCGGGUCCCUGGCGGCACGGGCGCUGCCUCCGCCCCGCUCUGUCCCGCCCCCGCCCGCCCUCCGCUUUUUCUGCCGGCGGCGCUGCCAUCCCUCACGGCCGCCCGACAGCGCCGGCCCCGCGCCUUCCCAUUGGGCAGCCCCCGCGCGCCCCGCCCGCCCAUUGGCUACCGCCGCGGGCCGAUGCGGCUCCGCGGGGCGCGCGCCGGGGCGCGCCGUCCCUUAA